GUGCGUGCACGCAGAACGAGUAGCAGGUGAUUCAUCAGUGUGUAUCCUUGGUCGAGUUGUCACAAGCCCAAAAAUGACUGAAAAUUUGGCGAAAAGGCCGUCAAAGGGCAUUUUAAAAUCAUCAUCUAGCUUUGAAAAACCUGAUGCACCGAUCAGAAAGAAACAUAAAGAAACGAAGUGGGAUGAAAUGAAUAUCAUAGCGACACUUCACCCUCCUGACAAGGAUUAUGGACACAUGAAGAUAGAAGAGCCAAAAACGCCCUACAAUUGGGCUGAAGGGGUCGGAGAUCAGCCCGAUAGCUUAGACGCAGACGUUUUGGCAGAGAAGAUCAAGCUGGGAGCCGAGGAGCCGCCCAAGAGCCUGGCCGAGGAGUCGGACAGCGAGGAAGACAUCGACGAGACUCCCGAGGAGAGAGAGAAGCGGAAGGUGUUUGAGUCGAAGCGCAAGGCGCACUACAACGAGUACCACGCGGUGAAGCUGGCGCGGCAGCUCAUGAGCACGGAGGAGGAUGACGAGGAGGAGGAGGAGACCCCGCAGGGCGCGGCCAGCGACACCAGGCAGCCGUCCACCAGCCGGAGUCCCCCGGAGGUGUAGCUCCGGCUCCCCCUGCCCUCGGUCGGUCCGCCCGCGAUGACAACAUCUCCGCGUCAGCUGAGGUUCUUUAGCAAGCUCCCGGGAGUACGUUUCCGAAACAUAAACUUUGCAAGGAGCGACGAGACGGGACUCGUUGAGUUGUGUUCGGCCUGUGUUAGUCGUGUUGGCACCAGUGCUGCGGCACGCGGCAGUGCCUCCCGACAGCGGCAUCGUGUACUUAAUGUGAAGCAAUUGUGCCAUGUCACAUGCAGUGAUUCCACUGUGUGUCGAGUUGUCGAUGAGGGGGAAUAAAGUGUAUAUCAUAUGCAUGUGGAUAUUAUAUACCUAGGUUAGCUAUAAUAAACGCAGAGUCAAAAUCUUAUUUAUGAAUGUGUCCUGUGGACUAAAGAAUUACUAUUGUGUACAAGAAGAGGUUUUAAUCUUUGUAUGUGACGAAUGUUGUACGAGAGUGGUGGUUGUGUAAUUAAUUACUGGUUGUAAUUUUGGCAUGUGGAACUGUGCUGUUCUGGUGGUUGUUUCGUUACAAGAUUUGACGAUAGUUGGCUACAAGAGAUUGUGAUAAGUUGAGUUUAAACAUUCACUUCUUCCUCAAUCUUAACAUUUUGAGAAUCACCUUGUGAUACAGACACGAAGCUUAGUUUUAACAUCCAUUUAAUUAUUGUCUCUGUGAUAAGUUAUUUAUUAAAAUGAUAAUAGCUUAUAUAUUAGGAGCAGUAGGAGGUGUAUGUGUGUGCCAAGGAACAGCAGGUGUUUGUAGCUCGGAGGAGCUCCCGAGCAGUGCGUCAGUUCUGCUGGGCGGAGCUGUUCUCGUUGGUUGUGGGCUCAGGAAGUGUGGCAAACUGUUCGAUGCUAUUGUGUCUAGCAGUUUAUUUUUCGAGGAGUAACAGAUGAUUAUUUUUCAUAAGUUGUUAUUGACGUGGUCACUAUGCAUAUCAGUGGAUUCGGCAGCAGGAUGGCCUGAGCGGACAGUGUGUGGUGUGCUCGGAGAGUUGCUGAUCCCUGCAGACAGAGAUGCCUCUUGCUCCUGUCUCACCGCUGGGACACGCUAUUUCCUGUCCUUGGACCAUUGUUCGGUCAGCGACCAUUCAAAACACUUGGCCAGACAAAUAUUAACAAAAAUAUUCGUGGUCUCGCUGCUCUGAGCAGUGUAACGGAGUCAACGGAGUCUAGAUAACCGCCCGCAUGCGUAGGAUGCGUGUGUGCAUGCGCGUGAUGCUUGAACUGACCUGACACAUCAGUCGUCUGUGUUGCUGCACUUUCAUCCCAUUGCUUAUUUAGAGGGUUUUUUUUGUGUGUGUUCAUGUUAUGCAAAUUUCUAAUGAGAAACUUUUUUUAAUGCUAUGUACUGACUGUGUUACUUUGUGCUUUAUUUUUUAUUAAUUUGUUUAGGAAUAUAUUAUAUUUUUUACACAUUUUUAGCUGUCUGCAGGUAAAAGUAGAUAUAGAUUAUAUUAAUGCAGCUUUAUAAUUAAUUGGUCCAGUGGAUUAAAUAGUAAGAUGUUGAGUUCACAAAUUGUUAUAACACUUUUCUUUCUAGUACCAAGUCCAGAGGUAUGGUUCGAGUUUGUAUUGCUGCCCUGUUAGUGCAUAUCUGCCCUCACUACAUCUGAUUGAGACUCUAGUAACUGCACUCUCAAGAGGAGUUUUCCUGAUUGAAAGUAAAUGUCAGUACGGUGUUGACGCAAGCUGCAACUGUGGUUGUUCGCUCGCAACGUGUCGACACAGUGGCCGGCUGUGUGUCCCUGGGUGUGCAGACUGUCACAUGUUCGCUUGAACCCUUGGAGACGUCCAGAUGGAAGCUGUGUGUAUUGCAGACUCCUGGGAGUGAUGCGAAUCUGUUGCUAACUGCUAUAAAAUUUAUUAUCUACAAAUUCAAAUGGUGUAACGAGUGUUAGCAAGCUCAUUAUCAUUGCGAGACUAAUAAUUCACUGGUAAAAUGUUAUGAGUACCAGAACGUAGCAUUACAAUGACAGUUUGUGGCAACUCUGUUUUAGUCUCUGUCACUAAUUAUGUAGUUAACCGAAAUAUGUUACUUACUCAACUUCAAAUAAAAUUUUUGAACAAACAUGACUUAGGAAAUGAUCAAGUGGCAGAUUCACAGAUACAAAAAUGGCUGGCUGACUUUUCCGAGCUUGAUGGCUCGAUCGUUAUCAUGUCACUGCUGACAUCACAUGUCUGGCCCUCCGUGUCUUCUGGCCAGUUGAUGCUCGUUGCAAGCCAUCCUGACACGCACCACAUGCCCCAGAGCAUGUGUUCCCCUCCUUUCAGCGUCGGCGAGAGUGACUGUCCCAACACGUCCUUGCUCGAAGCAGGUCAUGGCUUAUCUCUAUACACCAAAAAUUGAUUCUCAAUUAAUUCAUUAAUUUUUUAAUUUACUAUAAAAAAAACACCAUAUCUUAAGCAUUAGUAAUUCAGUUUAUUUAUUUUGGUUCAGGGACUCAGCAACAUUUGGCAAAAAUUCAGGGCCGGGAGGGGGGGGUCCCAACCAUAGAAUUUGCAAAAGAACAAAAAAAAAUCACUUAACUGUCCCUUGCAGGCAUUGCUGGACGUUUUCGGGAUGUAACUACAUAGUAAUUAUUAUUAAUGCAAUUUUGAUUGUAUGUACGUUUCUUAAGCAAUACUGCUAGUGUUUACUGCAUCUUGGAAGGGAAUGAGGCGUCUAUGAAGAUAGUGACCAUUAAGGCGUAUAACCAGAUAUUAUCAGUGAAUACACAAUUGCAAUCACACAGCAUUAAAUAUGUAGGUUUAAAAUCCAAGGCUUCCUUCUGUAAUAUUUACAAUCAAAAGAGAGAAGCUGACUUGAAGUUCAUUUUCAUUGUCCAACAGGCUAAAAAAAUUACAUGGACACUUCAGUUCAUUUAAAAUGAUUCACAGCUAGGUAUUCGUGAGCAAUUCACGGAAAACUGCAUGUCUUAAGUUCAUGUGCUCAAAGAGCUCCCUGGCGAGAAUUGUAGGCAAGUGUAUUGUAGACUUCACUCGCCUCGCUACACUCUGGAGGCCGCGUGGGACAACUACUCCCUCGAGUAGCCAGGUGUCCCUCCUGGUAGUUGGCAGCUCGCUCCUUCCACCACAGGUGCUCAUCAGCUCUCUCACCCCGACCACUCACUCUGCUGUGUGAGUGUUCCCUCACUCCUCCACCGGAACUGCUGAUGUCUGACCGAGCUGGGCCAUGGCAUUGCCGAUAUCAACAGCAACUCGCUGACCCGUCAUGUCACUAGGCACUCGCUCCUAGUGGACUCCUGUCCGCAACCCACCACCGUAUUCUGACUUGACGUCCCUCUGGUGCGUGCAGGACAUCCCAACUGCUGAACUCUGACACUGUCGUCUCUCCCGCCUCUCGGCUGUGCAGGAUGGUCUUGCCCCCGCCCACGAGCCACCACCUCUCGCUGACUGCACGUCGUUCGCCCGGUUCAGGAGGGCAAAAUAUAAAGUAACGUUUCCAUGCCAUUCUUUUUUAUACCUACAGGACAAGUUCUACAGAGUUUGACUGUGCAAGAAUUGUGUUCUGUAAAACAUGCUGUUGCUUAGUGACCUUUUCGAAGGUCAGGCAUAUUCUUAACUGGAACUAUUAACCAAUUGUAUGUUGUGUCAACUCACUGAAAGCUCAUUUUCUGACUUUCCACAGCUGUUAGCGUGAUUUCUUUAAUUUUAUUUUCAAAAUAUAUCUUCAUAAAAAUUUACAGUUAAAAACAAAAAAAUUCAGUUAGCCAGAUGGAUAUUUUCAGAAUUUCUAGUUGCAGCAUAAUGCAGGGUAGACAUUGUCAAGAGUUUCGCUGUAAUUUAAGUUAAAUUUUCUUUAAGCUACGACGGUUCAUCAUAGUGUGAAGAUGUGUGUAUUUCUUUUGUUUUCAUUGCACUUGUUUUUGUAUCUGAUAUGAUGCACUGACAAGUUAUGUUUGGAAAAUUUUGUUUAUAAGAUUUUUGUAAACUAGAAUUUUUCCUCAGCCUUUGAAGUGUAAAUAGUGGCCACAUGUGUCCAGCCUGUCUGAUGUACCAGUGCUUUAUUUUAUCUGUCACCACAAGAGAAGUGUUAAAAUUUUGACAUGAAAGUAUUUUUGAAUCUGCACAUGGAGCAAUAAAGAUUUCUGCUUGUUGAAAAAAUAAUGUAUGCAAAAUAAAAGUCUUUGGAAAAUUCUGAUGAAAAUAUUGCUGUGUGUAGUUGCAGUAAAACACCACUUUAGAAAAUUCACUGCCUGUAAUGUCAGCUUUUAAAAUUUUGAAACAAGUUUUUUGUGCAUAUGAUUGGUGUAUAGAUGAAAUGUAAUAAUAAUGUAUAAAUAUUGUAUUAUUUAUAUACGUUGUUGACAUUGUAAUGAAGUCUGAUUUUACAACUUCAAAUAAUAAAAUUUAUUAGAGCAUUACAAUGGUGAAUUUGAUUCGUCACAUUAUGCUUUCCAAUCAAAAUUAUGAAUGAAAAUAUGAUUUGGUCUAGCAUGCUGUAUCCAAAAGAACAGUAUUCACUUAAUAAAAAAAUAAAAUAAA